UGUGAAGAAGCUUCAACAGUUUGAACCUUGUUCACCAGCUGUCUUAGCAAUUAGCUCUCCCCAAGAUAUGGGUCGAUCUCCGUGCUGUGAGAAAGUGGGUUUGAAGAAAGGGCCAUGGACACCUGAAGAAGACCAAAAACUCUUGGCUUACAUCGAAGAAAAAGGCCAUGGAAGCUGGAGAGCCUUGCCGGCUAAAGCUGGGCUGCAGAGGUGUGGGAAGAGCUGUAGACUGAGAUGGACUAAUUACCUCAGACCUGAUAUAAAGAGAGGGAAGUUCAGUUUGCAGGAAGAACAGACCAUCAUUCAGCUCCAUGCACUUCUAGGGAACAGAUGGUCGGCCAUAGCAACUCACUUGCCCAAGAGAACUGACAAUGAGAUAAAGAACUACUGGAACACACAUCUCAAGAAACGGUUGGCGAAGAUGGGAAUCGAUCCCGUGACCCAUAAACCCAAGAGUGAUGCACUUACCUCUGUCGAUGGCCAAUCCAAAACCGCCGCAAAUCUCAGCCACAUGGCUCAGUGGGAGAGUGCUCGCCUUGAAGCUGAAGCUCGAUUGGUCAGAGAGUCUAAGUUGAGAUCCAUUUCUUUCCAACAACAAGUCCAAAACCAGUCUCAGGUUGGUUCCUCCUCCUUCGACCCGGCUGCUUCAGCUUCUCAGCUUCUCAACAAAACACCAGAAGCUCCACCAGCAACGGCGGCGCCGCUGUGUUUGGAUGUUCUCAAGGCUUGGCAAGGAGCAUGGUCAAAGUCAACGAUCAAUAACGGUCCUGAUCUUGAGUCCCCAACGUCUACUUUGAGCUUCUCUGCUGAAAACCCACUUCCAAUUCAAACCGUCGGAUUCGGGGAUAACCCGAGCAACGUGGUGGAAUACUACGGCAACCAAGGUGGGUCUGAGAUUGUGAAAGAAGAAGGUGAAGAAGAGUGGAAAGAUUUCACGGAUAGGAUGGAGAGUUCCAUGACAUUCACCACUACCGUCACCACCGGUCUCCAAGAUGUCAUCUUCGCCGUCGAGUCACCCUGGUCACCGGAAUCUGGGAAAGCAGAAAACGGACACGUGGCUGUUUCAAAUUUCAUGGAUGGUUUCACGGAUCUUCUUCUGAGUAACGCUGAUGACGACCAGAACAAGACAGACAGAGAUGGAGAUUCUGAUAAUACUGACGGUGGAAAGGAAGUGUUCAGUUACGAAAAGAACAAGAAUUACUGGAACAAUAUACUGAACUUGGUAAACUCUUCCCCGUCGUCGGAUUCGCCGGUAUUCUAGAAUCGCCGUCGCCGGUGAAGUAACUAAGUCGUCAACCAAUGUUGACGGCCGAAAUUGCGAUUCAAAAUCCAAAAAUAGUAUCUGGGUUUUAAGUUUCAAAGGAAACAUCCUUCUAUCCAUUUCCAAGGAGACACAGUCGUGAUAUUA